AUGGCGGAGUGUGGGAGGAAGGCGCUGUCACUUCUUGAGGCGGCCCGUUCACGCUAUGAGAGCUUGCAGAUUUCUGAUGAUGUCUUUGGGGAAUCGGGAGACGACAGUAGUGAAAAUCCCUUUUACAGUACAACUGGAGAUUCUAAUUCUGACAACUACAUCGAAACAAAUGUGGAAGAUGCCAAAGAAGGUGAAACUGGGAGUAAUCAGAGCUGCGGUCCCCCAGGUUCAGUCUCCAACAGCCAGGCUGAGGAGGAUGGAUGGAGCGACGCACUACAAGAUAUCAGCGUCCCACCUUGCAAUGACACACAUGGUCCCACCCAGAAGAUGCCGGCAACAGCCACCGCUUUGGACUUCUUCCAGCUCUUUGUGCCAGACAACGUCAUUCAAAACAUGGUAACGCAGACCAACAUGUAUGCCAAAAAAUACCAGGAGCGUUUUGGCAGUGACGAGGGCUGGACCAAUGUUACGCUGGCAGAAAUGAAGGCCUUCCUGGGUUUUGUGACCUCCACCAGUGUGCACCGCUGUGAGUCAGUCCUGAGCAUCUGGAGCAGCGGCUUCUUCAGCAAUCGCAGCAUUGCACUCAAGAUGAGCCAAGCACGCUUUGAGAAGAUCCUUAAGUACUUCCACAUUGUGGCCUUUCGCUCCAGCCAGGGUGGCAGCCAGGGCCUCUACAAAAUCCAGCCCUUCCUUGAUUCUCUGCAGCAUAGCUUUGGCAGCACCUUUCGGCCUUCACAGACCCAGGUUCUUCAUGAGCCUCUAAUUGAUGAAGACCCUGUGUUCAUUACCACAUGCACAGAAAGGGAGUUACGCAAGAGGAAGAAGAGAAAGUUUAGCCUGUGGGUCAGACAGUGCACCUCUACUGGUUUCAUCUGUCAGAUCUAUGUACAUCUGAAGGAAGGCCCCGGUCCUGAUGGACUGGACACACUGAAAAACAAGCCACAGCUGCAUAGUCUGGUGGCCAAACAGCUUUGCCAGAGUCUAGCAGGUCGUAAUGCCAUCAUUUUUACAGGACCCAGCAUCACCAGCCUCAAUCUCUUCCAGGAGUUUGAGAAACAAGACAUCUACUGCUGUGGAUUACUAAGCACCAGGAAGAGCGACUGCACGGGCCUGCCUCAGUCCAUGCUAGUCAACUCAGACAUCCCACAGCAGCGUGGCCAGUCUCUCAUCAAGAUGAAAGGCAACAUGUCCCUGAUCAGCUGGUACAACAAAGGCAGUUUUAGGUUCCUCACAAAUGCCUAUUCACCCACAAAACAAGGGGUGAUCAUCAAGAGAAAAAGUGGCGAGAUCCCCUGUCCUCUUGCUGUGGAGGCUUUUGCCGCUCAUCUGAGUUAUAUCUGCAAAUAUGAUGACAAGUACAGCAAAUACUUCAUUUUCCACAAACCCAAUAAGACCUGGCAGCAGGUGUUUUGGUUGACCAUCAGCAUUGCCAUCAACAAUGCUUACAUCCUCUACAAGAUGUCUGAUGCCUACCACGUGAAGCGUUACAGCCGAGCACAGUUCGGAGAACGACUAGUCAGGGAACUCCUGGACUUGGAUGAUUGCUCGCCCACCCAGUGAAAUGGCAGCGCUCUGUUUCUUUAACUCAGUCA